AUGACCCCUUGGGAGAUUGAGGUACGAAAUUCUGAAAAAGAAGUGAAAGAAUUGAUUUUAGCUUUAACCGAAAGCACGAAUUUGACAAAGAGUGGGAAAUGUACAAAAUAUUCAAAUCAUAUUAAUGGAUCAGCGAAAGUUGUUGAUAGCUGGAAAUUUAAUGAGUGGGACUACGGCAAAGAACCUAAGAUUAUACUUCCUAUAAAGGCUAGAGGAUUGUUUACAACCAAUGAUAAGAUCUUGGCUAGAGGGUAUGACAAGUUCUUUAAUGUAAACGAAGUUGUAGACACAAAGCUUGAAAAUUUGAAAAGUAAAACUACUGGUCCUUAUGAUGUGACUGUGAAGGAAAACGGUUGCAUUAUUUUAAUAGGAGGUCUUGAAAGUGGGGAAGUAGUUGUUUGCUCUAAGCACUCAACAGGUGUCAGAGAUGACUUAACUAGAAAUCAUGCCCUUCGAGGCGAAAUGCAUUUAAAGCAGCAGAUUGCAACUGGGAAUAAAUCUUUGAAUGAUUUUGGAAAAUUAUUGUAUAAAUUAAAUGUAACCGCAGUCGCAGAGUUGUGCGAUGAUGAGUUUGAAGAACAUGUACUCCCUUAUCCAAAAGAGAGAUCAGGGUUAUAUUUACAUGGGUUGAAUCUCAACACAAUACGCUUUCAAACAUAUCCAAUGGAUAUAGUGAAACAGUUUGCACAGAAAUGGAACUUUAAAAGUGUACAAUAUGAAAGGUUUUUGACCUUUGAAGAACUUUGGACUUUUAUGGAGAGCUGCAAGGAAACAGGAACUUAUGAAAAUAGAGAAGUUGAAGGUUUUGUGAUUCGCUGCAAAUUGAAGAAUGAAGACUACUUUUUCAAAUAUAAAUUCACAGAGCCAUAUUUGUUGUAUCGUCAGUUCAGGGAAGUGACCAAGAAGCUUAUAAGUGAUGGAAUGUCCAUACAAGCGAUCAUAGCGUCGGUUAAACAACAUAGAUUCAUAACAUUAAAUUAUUUGGAGUUCAUUGAAGAUUUAUUUAAGAAAAAUACCACCUUAAAGGACCAAUACUUGAGUGGUCAUGGUAUAAUAGAAGUAAGAGAAAAAUUUCUUGGACAUUUAAAUGAAUCUCACGGCAUGCAAUUGAUAGGUUUUGACAAAUUUGAUGAUAGCCUUAAAAAAUUAACCAUUACUAAGUAUAAGUAUAUUUUAGUAUCUGUGGCAACUAUAGGCUGCGGUAAAACCACAGUAUUUCAAAUUUUAUCUGAUUUAUACGGCUGGCCUCAUAUACAAAAUGACAACAUAGGGAACAAGUCUGGUAGUAAAAAGCUAAUUGAAUUGACUUUGGAAGCGCUUCAAUCUAGCGACGUGGUAUGUUUUGAUAGAAAUAAUCACCAAUUGAGAGAGAGAAAACAAAUCUUCUAUGAUAUGCUGAAAUUAAAAGACAAUUACUUGUCAUCGAAUGUUGGCUUCAAAUAUAUUGCUCUUAAUUUCGUUCCAAAAUCCAUGAGCACAGAUCAACUAUGGGACAUCACAUUUAGCAGAAUCGUAGAAAGAGGCGAUAAUCACCAGUCAAUCAAAAGUGAAACGGACGAAAAACUAUCCAGGUCCAUAAUGCAAGGUUUUAUCAAGCGAUUUCAGCCUUUGAAUAUUGACAAAGAACCAGAUAGUAACUUUGACUUGGUAAUCGACUUAGAGCUAGGAUCUGACUCAUCAAUAAAAAAUGCGAAAUUGAUAGUAGAUCUGUUAAAAAAGCACUAUCCGAACUUACUUAGGUUUUUACCUACGGCUGAUGAGUAUGAUCGAAGCUUUCAGACGUCAUUGGAAUACAAGCCAACAUUUACGAAAACUUUCAAUAAAAAACAGAAGUCAGAAAAAAAGGAGCGUUCCAGACAGCCAUCAUACAUUGGUAUAUAUGUACCUAAUGAAAUUGCGCUGAAAGCUGCUGUAGCAGCAGGUAAUAACGAAACUUGGGAAGCUUUAAAGAAUGGAAAUCGCUUGCAGCAAACUUUUCAUGCCACUCUUAGUCAUGUAGCAACAUCCAAGGGUUCUGCGGAAAGCUUGGAAAAGUGGCAGUCUUUAUUGGCUGUUUUAAAAAUAGACAAUGUAAAGGUACACAAUUUGAAACUUGAUUCAAAUAGAAGAGUUAUUUUAGACUUCUAUUGUGAUAUCAAACUAAACAAAAUAAUCUUGGCUAAAGAUAAACUAGCCUGUAUUGAAGUAAGUUUAUUAAAGGCUUACGAUAGUCAGAACAAUGAAUUGACUUUUCAGCCCUUGAAUGAACACCUUCAUGUCACGCUUGGAACCGUUUCUCCUGAAAUUAAACCAAUGGAAUCUAAUCACUUGCUUUCUGAUCUCUUCUCAGGAAAGUAUUCUCAGUCGGAAGUUGAUACGAUUAGUAUAUCUGAUGUCACUUAUAAACACCUACCAAUCUUUGCACAAUUUUGA